AUGAAUGAACAAUUAGCUACGCUUAUAACUCAACUUAGAGAACGUCGAGCACUUCCAUAUCACGAAAAACUCAAAUCAUUGGACAUUCGUGAUGAAAUUUGGCGAAAAUAUGUUGAAAUUAAUAAAGGUUCAUUGCUUGAUGCAAACGCAGCUCAACGUACUGGCUUAUGUCAAGACAUGUGUUGUGAACGAGAACGAAUUACACGUGAAUAUCAGCGUGUAUACAAAUCAUAUGAACUUGACCCAGAUACUCGAUCUCUCAAUCAUUCAAUUAUGAUCACUGGGUAUUCACGAGCAUCGGCUGAUCAGGCUAUGCCAACACCCUAUGAUCUUCGAUCAGGUCCAGCUUUGUUGCGUACAAUGAAUUAUUUAAUAACAAAUAUAAUGGACAAAUUUGAUCAAGAACGUGAACAAGGUGAUUGGUAUAAUUUUCUAUGGGAUCGUUUACGAGCCAUUCGAAAAGAAUUAACACAACAACAUUUACGUGAUGAAGUAGCUAUUGAAAUUCUUGAGCAAUGUGCUCGUUUUCAUAUAUUUUGCUCAGCAUUCUUAUCGGAACAUUCACUUGAUUUAUUCGAUCCUAAACUGAAUGAUAAAAUGUUAGUUGAUUGUCUUAAUCAAUUACGUGACUGUUAUUUGUCACAUAAAAAACAAAACAAUAUGCAAUCAUUAAGGAAUGUAGCUGAAUUUUCAUCGUAUAUGUUAUUAAUAAAUUUAAAAGGAGACAAUGAAACAUUAUUGCGCAUUCGCCAUUUAAUACAAGAUAUAACUGAUCAAUCACAAAUCAAUAUUGCAAUAAAUAUUUCUCGAUCAUUAUUAAUAAAUAAUAUAACUAAGUUCUUUUCUCUGAUUGAAAAUGAUGCUACUUUAUUACAAUCAUGUUUACUUCAUCGAUAUUUUAAUGUCAUACGUAUAAAACGCCUUAGUUGUCUUAUAACAUCAGCACGUAGUAAUGAUGAAUUUCGUUUAUCGGAUCUAACAGAUAUUCUUGGAAUGGACAAUGAUGAUGAAACAAAAGAUUAUCUUGAACAACUUGGCUAUUCAAUAUCAAACACAAAUCCUCCAUGUUUCAUUUUACCAUCAACAGAAUACGAUAUUCAACAACAACCAAUCAACAAAUUAUCUCAGAAAUUAACUAAAUCAAAAUAUACAGGCAAUUUAAAAGAUAUUAUAACUGGGCAACCAAAUAUUCCAAUUCUUCUCGCUGAUACAAAUGUUGAAAAUAGUUUCGAUGCUCAAGGAUUUUAUAUUGGAAAAUUACCUAUUGAUUCAGAUAAAUUAGCAACAAUGUUUCCUCGAAGACCAGCUCCACAACCACCAUCAGAACAACCACCACCAAAACUUCAACAGCCACCGCUUACUAAACGUCCACCUUCUGACAGUGCUCUUCGAUCACAUGCAGCAACAACAACAGCAAAUACAUUUACUGCAAAACUACCAGUACCAAGUAUUCUUGUUACGACUUCAACUACACUAACAACGCCAUCAUCACCAUUUCGUUUUGACGGCUUUCAUAAGGAUGUAGCACCAGUUCCAGUUCCAUCAAGAAUUGCUCCGAAUCCUGUUGUUCAACCAUUGAUGCCAACGGGAUUAUUCAAUACAAUAUCUCAAUUUUCAACCUUACCUAAAUCAAUCUUUGCAGAUGGAUAUGAACCGAUAAGAGUUAGACAUCCUUUAUCACCACCUCCACCUCCUGUUGAAAUAAUCCAACCACCUGUUACAAUUCCAAAACCAACACCUCAAAUUCCUAAACCAAUGACACAACCACCAGAACCGUCUCCUCGUACUCGUCGAUUAUCAAUGAAUUCUAUGGAUGCAAUGAUUGAAGAAAUAUAUAAACAAAUGAUUGAUCCUUUAAUUCGAGAAACUACUUGUGAUAUUGUUACUGAACUAAUAUCUGAAUGGAAUUGUCGAGGAAGUCAAACAAUCACAAUCUUUAAUGAACUUCUAUCUGAUGAAAUAUUGUCUGUAGUCGAUGAAUAUUACAAGCAUGUUGAAUUUCAGCAAAAAAUGUUAAAUGAUACUUUAAAUGAACAAUAUGAACGAAAACAAAAAAAAUAUUUAACAAAAAAAUAUUUUUCCAUAUGGUUGGAAAAUUCAAUCAAAGCAAAUGAAGAACGUUUAAUACUAGAUGAAUUACAAAGAAAAUAUCAUUUUUUAAAUAAUGAACAAUUACUUGAAUUUUUAACUGGCAUACAAAUAAUGGCUGAGCAUGAUUUGUCAAUUGAACAAACAAGUGAUAUAUUGAAAUAUCGACGAUAUUUAAAGCGAAGUCAUUUAAAAAGACUUGAUGUUCUAUCAAAAUCGUUUUUUGAAGAAUUUUUACAAGAAGAAUUCCAUUCCAUUGUUAUUGAAUCAAAUAAAGAAUUUGGAUUACGUAAACAGUUGUUAGAAAAUGCUCUUCAUACACAAUCGAUACAAAAGCGUGAACAUUAUUUGGAAUUAAAAUAUUUUUCACUUUGGAUUUUAAAUUAUCGACAAACAAGAAAACUUCGUAAACAACAAUUGUUGUUAAAUAAUAAUAAUAAUAAUCAUAAUCAUAAUAAUAAGCGUACAAAUCAAUUUGUUCAAUUACGCAAUAGUAAAAAAUUAAAAGAAAAUAAUCAACAAUAUAAUGUGCUGAAAAAUUCGUUGGAUCAAUUAACAACUGAUCUUAAUCAAAUCGAAUUAUUUAUAAAUAAACUUAAUUCAUAA